AUGGCAAACGGCCACUUUCUUCAUCAUGACGGUUCUACCGAUCCAUAUUUAAUGCACGGAGACAUGAAUUUAUAUGACACCUCGAGCGAGUCUUCAGCAAGCUCACCACUCAACAGCAAUACUUUUGAUCAUGUAUAUGGAAACGACCAUGUAUACGGAGGAAACACAUAUAUGACCUAUCCAUCAUUUCCCAUACAAUAUCAACCAAAUGGUGUGCCGGUGGGAUUGAUACCAGUGGAGUUAGAUAUCGAAGGUAUUUACGAGGAUCAUGAUCGCCGAAGGAGAAAGGGUGGAAACGACAAAGUGGUUGCUUCACACGUGCAUUCGCGUCGCCGAGCCCAAAACCGGGCUUCUCAACGAGCUUUCAGGGAUAGGAAAGAGAAACACAUGCGUGAACUCCAGCAACGAUUGGAGGAGCUUGAAGUUCGUCACAGUGAGCUUUCGCGUUCAUAUGAGUCACUGCAAGUGGAGUAUUCGGGCGUCAAGUCGGAAUUGGAUCGAAUGCGUAAAGGGAAGACCGAUCCCGAGCGGUCGGUAUCGGGCUUACCGAAAGAUUUUGAGCAAUCCAAUCUCAGGGGCUGGGAUGAAUCCAAGGUGGAAAGUAUGGAUCCGCUACUUUUCGACGUCUCUGCAUUUUGUUUUGAUCAGGAGGACAGUGGAUCGCAAUCCAAGGAAUAG